UACCUUUACCUUAUUUCCUCAUACUUGAUUUGAAUCCCUACCAUUUUCCCCCACGCACACCACCGUUGACCAACGCACCGUAACGUUCCCAGCUCAUCCGACGAUUUGCCCAUCUUCCAGACGAUUCCUCGUCUCCUCCCUCUCUCUAGGUUUCGAGUCUGAUCUGAGUGUUCAUAGGUUUCGGAAGUUAUGAACUGGAUUCAGCGCAAGAUCUAUCUUUACAAUGUCACUUUUGGUCUCUACAUGUUGGAUUGGUGGGAGCGUUAUCUUUUCAAUACUUUGGUGAUCAUCUUGAUGUGGUUCAUUUUUUACAACGGAUCACGAUUUGUGACUGAGUUCUGCAAGAGGUGGGGUUUGCAUAUCAGACAUGAUUAGCAGGAUUCAACGGCAAGAUUGCAUGGGAUUUGAGAUUCUCUGUUAGUACGACUCAUUACAUGUGUGUGACGAAAUCUUUGUUUAAUGUAUCAAUUAUUGGUUUCGAUGGAAUGGCUUUUACUUCUUUAGAUUUCUUGAAGGCUUUGUUAUUAAUGCUUUCAAUUCAUAGGAUGAACACACAUAACUUACAACGAUACAAUCAUUUAGGAUCAGACGAUCUUUAUCAGAAAAGAUAGCAUGUUUCUUCUUGUAGGAAUUUUCGGUUAUGUAUUAUUUUCCCAGAAGAUGGAUGAAAAGACCGGUUGGUUGUAUUGCAA